AUGUGCCACUUUCGGGUCUCCUCACACUGCUGCCAGGUCCAUACUGAUUCAUGGCCCCCUGCCUCUGUAUGGCCUUCAAUUUAAGCUGCUUACGCUUCGCCACUCUGCCAUGGGCCCCUGUACCGCCUCCUCUUGCUGCUGCCAGGUCUAGAGUGUGUCAUGGGUCCCUGUACGGCCUCCCAUUGCUGCUGACUUCAUCGCCAGACUCUGCCAUGUGCCACUUUCAGGUCUCCUUACACUGUUGGUGGGUUCCAUUUUGUGAUAGGGUGCUGUAUGGCCUUCCAUUGCUGCUGCCUCCACCGCCACCCUGCGCCAUGUGCCUC